CGUGGCUCUGUGGUUACGGUUCUUCAGAUGACCAGAAUGCAUUCCCAGUGGGACUGGCUGUGCUUGGUUCUCCUGAUAAUUAGCUCAGUAACUGCAGAAAUUGAAGAUGGAGAAGUUCUGGGUGCAGAUGUUGAAGUGGAGGAUUUUGACCAAGAGUCUCAGCAAACUGAUGUUGACAAAGAAGAAUCUUCCUUAGGGGUGACGUACCAGACUCCAAAGCCAACUGGAGAUGUUUAUUUUGCAGAAACCUUUGAUGGAGGAUUGAGUGGCUGGGUGUUGUCUAAAGCCAAGAAAGAAGACACAGAUGGCAACAUUGCUAAAUAUGAUGGAAGAUGGGAAGUAGAAGAGCUGAAAGAAAACACAAUACCUGGAGACAAAGGAUUAGUGUUAAAGUCAGCUGCAAAGCAUCAUGCAAUAUCAGCUAUGCUAACAAAGGCAUUUAUUUUUGAUAAAAAACCUUUGAUUGUUCAAUACGAAGUGAAUUUUCAAGGAGGCAUUGACUGUGGUGGUGCAUAUAUUAAACUCCUUUCCAGUACGGAUGACUUGGAUCUGGAGUUCUUCUUUGACAAAACGCCUUAUACUAUUAUGUUUGGACCAGAUAAAUGUGGUGAAGAUUACAAACUACACUUUAUCAUCAGGCAUAAGAAUCCUAAAACUGGAGAAUACGAUGAAAAACAUGCAAAACGUCCUGAUGUGGACCUAAAAAAAUUCUAUUUGGACAAGAAGACGCAUCUAUACACUCUUGUGCUAAAACCAGAUGAUACAUUUGAAAUGCUGAUCGACCAAUCAGUCAUCAGUAAGGGAAGUCUUCUUGAGGAUAUGGUUCCUCCAGUAAACCCUCCUAAAGAAAUAGAUGAUCCUGCUGAUAAGAAGCCUGACGAUUGGGAUGAGAGACAAAAAAUACCUGAUCCCAAUGCUGUCAAACCAGAUGACUGGGAUGAAGAUGAGCCUUUCAAAAUAGAAGAUCUUGAUGCUGUGAAGCCUGAAGGAUGGCUUGAUUAUGAACCACAGUAUGUUCCGGACCCCAGAGCGAAAAAGCCAAAGGACUGGGAUGAAGAAAUGGAUGGGGAGUGGGAAGCCCCUCAGGUCCCCAAUCCGAAGUGUGCCACCGCACCUGGUUGUGGACUGUGGGUGCGUCCCAUGAAGAACAACCCCAAGUAUAAAGGGAAAUGGAAAGCACCUAUGAUAGUUAAUCCUAAUUAUCAGGGAAUCUGGAGUCCUCGAAAAAUACCUAACCCAGACUAUUUUGAAGAUCCUCACCCGUUUGAGAUGACACCUAUCAGUGCUGUUGGUUUGGAACUGUGGUCUAUGACAUCUGAUAUCUACUUUGAUAACUUCAUAAUCUGUUCAGAAAAAGAAGUAGCCGACCGUUGGGCAGCAGAUGGUUGGGGCUUGAAGAAAUUAGUAGCAAGUGCUAACGAGCCUGGAAUGUUUAGUCAACUGGUGACUGCUGCGGAAGACCAUCCAUGGCUUUGGGUUCUUUAUAUCUUGACUUUAGCUCUGCCUGUUGGUCUAGGUGUGUUGUUCUGCUGGCCAGCAAAGAAAACAGAUGAAGAUUUUGACUUAAAAAAACCAAAUACAUCUAUGCCAGUUACAAAGGGAGAAGUAAAACAAGGAAGAGAAGAGCUAGAAGAUGAUGAAAUAGAUUUAGAAGAAGAUAAAGAAAAUGAAGAUAUUGGUGAAGAUGAAGACGAGAGUAAAUAUGGGGAAGAUAUUGAUGAUGAAGAAAACGAAGUUGCAGGUGGAAGUCAGGAAGAAGGUGAUAAAUCAAAUAAAUCUGGCUCAGAAGAUGAGAUGACAGUAGCUGAUGAAACUGCAGGCUCUGGGGAUGGUCCGCUGAAGUCAGUGCGCAAAAGAAGAGUACAAAAGGACUGAGUUCUUUGCAGCUACUAUUUCUAGCUCUAAACAGCACUAACUUACGACAUGCCACUCCAAGGAGCCUGACAGCAUGCAGGUUCCUGAGAUGUGGAGGGAAAAACGGGACUCGUUGCUACUUAUCCUCUCUUAAUUCUCUAACCUCUUUUAACCUUCCCAACCUUCCUUGCUGUCCCUUUUUUUUUAACAAGAAAUACUAUCUGUGAGGAGUUACCUAAUGUUUCACAUUUAGAAUAAAAGUGAAACUGCAAGUUGGCCAACUGAUUUUACAAAGCAGAUUCUUAAGAUUCGAAGAUUCUUAAAAAUCAAUAUUAGAGAUGAAAAAUGUUACUCUAAAUAUUUUUAAGAACAUGAAUAAAUAUUUUUGCAGCUCUGGCACAAAAUCAGCUGUUUACACAUUGGAGCUAAAAGAGUGUUGCAGUAUAGGUGAAGCAUCUACAGUUCACGUUGUUCAGAGAAAAGGUAUUUUUUUCUGUGCAGAGCUAAAUGCAAUAAUUGUUUUUGUAUGAUCGUUUAGUGCUAGCAACAAUUUUUCUGUAGAUGAUUUUCUUUUAGUUGAUACUGUUACAGAGUAGUCACCUGUUCACUUUAAACAUGGGUUAUAGUAAUUUAUUUUAAGAGAUAGUUUAAAUUGGAAUACUCAAAGAAGUGGUUAAUUGACGUGACUUAUUUUGCUUUUGAAUGCAGAUAUCAAAUCUACAGAAGUAAUAUAUAGAUUUUUUCAAACUUUUAUAGCUCUCAUGUUCUGAGCCAGAACGGCAUAGAUUUUGUUUAUAGAAUAUUUGCUGAGUGUACAUUGUGUAUGAAAAAUAUUUAAUAAUUCUUGUUUAACAUGAAAUUGAUUAAUACAGAUAAGAAUUUUUGAUGGAUUUUUUUUUUUUACAGAUGUGAGUACUUGGGCUUUCUUUUAAUAUAGUUUAAAUAAACUGCAUAUCAUAAGAGAAACUGCUGAAAUUCGACUGUAUGUUAAAAUCAACCAACAAAACUGCAGCUUUUGGAAUCCUGCUGCUGCUUGGCAGCUGCCUCGAGUAUGAGUGAGUUGUAAACUGCUAGCAAAAGCAAGUCAUAGGCUAAAACCAUUUAGAAGUUUGUUAAUUCACAAAGAACUUUCUGCCAAGGAAAUCUGUUAGUUUACUCGUAAACACUUUUAAGUCUACGAAGAUGUUGUUGUUUUCCUUGCUCUGCUAUUACUUAACAGGAAGUUGGUCACAAUUUUUAGCUGUCACUUCCGAAGAAGCCAGCCUGCACAGGUAUUUGCAUUGAAGUCAGAGUACUGCGUUCUGUUUUGUGUGGAGAAAUACAGGGAGAGGCCGUAGUGAGAAAUGUUAAGUGCAACCGUUUGACCCCUUUUAGGGUCCAUGAGCUAAUAAGUAAUGAUUCCUGAUUUCCCCCUUUGCC